GGAGGGCUGAUCUCCUAACAAACAGCUGUUGCAGCUGUAGAGAGAAAAAAGGAGAAAGAUCAGGAGCAGCAGCAGCAAUCUGACCCCUGCAACAGCUUUACCAUGAAUACCUACCUCUUUGUGUAUGACUUAAUCCAAUUCUGUGGACAUUCCUGGAUAUUUACAAAUAUGGUCAUCAGGUUCAUGUCAUUUGGAAAAGAUUCAUUGGCCGAUACAUUUUACUCUAUAGGACUUGUAAUGCGCCUUUGCCAGUUGUUAUCUGUAUUGGAGAUCCUACACAUCAUCAUUGGCAUUGAUAAAAGCCAGCUUUCCCCCAGGUUUUUGCAGAUCACUGAGAGAAUAAUUGUUUUAUUUGUCGUGAUCAACAGUCAGGAAGAAAUUCAAGGGAAAUAUGUCGUGUGUGUUUUAUUUUUCCUUUGGAAUUUAUUAGAUGUGGUCAGGUACACUUACAACAUGUUAGCAAGGAUGGGAAUAUAUUACCUACCACUGACAUGGCUCAACUUUUCACUGUGCAUCCCGCUCUAUCCCCUUUCAGUUCUGGCUAAAGCAUUUGCAAUUUGUGUAUCACUGCCUUAUUUUGAAUCCUUUGGCACAUACUCCAUCAAGCUACCAUUUCCAUUCGCCUUCUCAAUCUACUUCCCCUAUGUUCUGAAAAUGUACCUGCUAGUGCUCUUUAUAGGUAUGUGCUUUAUCAUCCAGAACCUCUUCUCUGAAAGGAAGGCACACCUAGGGGCAAGCAACAUCAGAAAGAAAAGAAGCUAAAUUGCUAUUUUGUUUGGAAAUAAGAAAUACAUUUCCAGUGGGAUGCUGCAUAUCAUAGGUUAAAAAGAAAUUAGACAAAGAUUUUCAAUGCAAAACUCCUGUUUGCAUGUACAUUAUCUGGCUUUGGAGAAUUUUCAGAAAAGACAGAUUUCUUUAAUGCACUUCAAAAAUGGAGCAGCUCAAAAUAACUAGUUACUGUUGAAAAUUUUGAAUUCAAAUAGCAGGAGUUUUAAAAAUUAAUAUAUUUUUUCUAAUAUAAAUUAGAAAAUUCUGAAAAAAAAUGAAAAGUGGCUCCACUUACAAUCACACUUACAACCCUUAUUUUGGUGAUAAUUCUUGCCUCAUUAGCAACAGAUAUUCUGAAAUGACAGUACCAUUUAAUCUAUAAGAUUAUGUUUAUUAGGCCACCUCAUACAUAUGUGCCUCAUACAUAUUUUAGUGUUAGAUUGGCUAGAACUGGAAUCUCUCAAGGAGCAGAAGCUGGAAACUGCAACCUAUGAGAUUCACAUGCUGAUUAGGGUCAGGCAUUCACAAAGGAUCCCUCACAUUCUGGCCCAGCCUUCACUUCUUCAAAAAAAGACUCCAGAAAAUGCAACUGAACCACAAAGACAAAUGAUAGGUACUCGUCUACCAUAUAUUCAAGGGGCUAUUUAAGGGUCAGAAGUAAAAACUUGCAAUCAUGUAUCUGGCAGACAUUAAGAAUCUCUUUCCCCACAAUUAUUUUCUUCCAUGUUGAACUGCAGACAGAUAAACAAAAGUGUGAUGUAGUCAGGCCAAAUAUAUGGUAGUCUUUAAAGGGAAGUGAGUGACUAUCAAAAGCCAUGUGCAAAAUUCUAGCCAUUUUACUCAAGUGUGUUGUUCCUCAUGCUUCAGUAUGACUGUGAGAAUGCAACUAGGGCUGUUUCUUAAAAGGUUGGGAUUGAAGAAUAUGGACAAAUAACUGCUUAGAGGCUGGCAGAGUCUUUUCUGAUGUUUCACCCAUACUGAUUAUCACCUACAUUUGAAUUUAAGAAAAUGGGGAGAAAAGUGAGGCUUUUGGGCUUGACCAAAAACUAGGGGGAGGAAGGAAAGAUAAUAGGUGGAAGGAAGAUAAUAUUUAAAGGGAAAAUGAACACUAUCUCAAUAUGAAUAGGCUUUUGCCUGUAUGAUUUUCUAAACCAUGCAGCCUAAGAGGGUAUAUAAGGAAAGAGUGAAGCUGGACUCGAUUAAUUAAUUUGUUACAAAAGGUCACCUACUAUAAUUUAUAUUUAUUUAAUAUAUGUGUCAGAUAAUGCCCGCAGACUAUUGUGACCACUGGAGUACUUGCAAACCAUAAGAGACAAGGUCAUGCAUGCAAUAGUAUAGGGUCAAUCCUGGAUUUUUUUUUUUUUUUUUUUGAAAGCACUGCAAACAGAGGUAGGAAUUUGGAACUUACUAUAGAAACAGAAGUAUUUCCACUUUGUACUUCUGUCUGACCCAAACUGAUUCAAGUGUGGACAAUGUGAAGAAACAUAUACGAUGACAGCUUUGAAGAAAGACAGAGCAAGAACACUUCACAUCAAAACACUAUAUUACAUGCUAGAGAUGAAACAUGGACAUUUUCUCCCAUGGAAAUUCAAUCUAAUGGGUUUGUCAUUAAACUGCCUAUAGUUAACAUACUCUGUAGGAAAAAACAUGACAUAUGAUAUUGUAUUUGGUCUACAUGGCAAGGCUUAGGCAGUGGGGAAGCUGCAGGGAUGGCCUCCGUGAAAAGACAGGGGCUUCACCCAUGCCAGGCACAGGCUGGUUCCAGCCAGCUCCAAAACAGAGCCACCGUGGGACACUGCUGAGCCAAAUAGCAAAGCUGAUGGCACCUAUGUGAAAACAUAUUUAAGAAAAAGUAAAAAGCGUUAUGCAGCAGGUGUGAGAGAGAAUAAAAAUGUGAGUGAAACAGCUCUGCAGACACCAAAAACAGUGGGGAAGGUGAGAAGGAGGUGCUCUGGACACUGCAGCAUUCCCCUGUGGCCCACGAAGAAGAGCAUGGUGGAGCAGGUUGUCCCUCUGCAACCCAUGGAGGACUGUGCCCAACAAGAUAUAUCCACACUGCAGCCUGUGGAAGACCUCACACCACAGCAGGCAGAUGUGCCCUGAAGGAAGUUGCAGCCCAUGGAGAGCCCACACAGGAGCAAGUUCCUGGCAGGAAUUAUGGCUCAUGAGGGGUCCACACCGGAGCAGACUUUUCCAGAUAGACUAUACCCCAUGGAAAGGACCCACACUAGAGCAGCUUGUGAAGAGCUGCAGUUUGUGAGCAGGAACCAUGUUGAAGUUCAUGAAGGACUGUAUCCCAUGGAAGGAACCCCAUGCUGCAGCAGGGGAACAGUGUGAAGAGGAACCAAGAGCAGAUAUGAAGGUUUAUGAACUGACUGCGAUAUUUCCUACCCACCCUGUACUGCUUGAGGAUGGAGGAGGUAGAAGUGUCAGGAAUGAAGGAGUGAGGUUGAGCCUAGGAAGAAGGGUGGGGGGAAGGUGGUUUUAGUUUUAUUUUUUGUUUCUUACCAUACUACUGUAUUUUUAGUUGGCAAUAAAUUACUCUUCCUCAA